CUGCCUGGCCGCAGCGCCCUGGCAGCCCCCCUGUGCUCAGAAGAGGAAGGAAGUCCUGUCCCCAACAAGCCAGAAAGCGAAACCCACAGCCGGCGCCCAGCCGGAGCUGCUGCGCUCCAUCGCUGCCCCAGACUCUUGAGAUCAUGGACAAGCAGGGCAUGCAAACGACCGCUCAGAAUCCAGGACUUCCUCCUCAGUAUCCACCCGCCCCAUUCCCAGGACAUCCUGGCUACCAAGGGCCCCAGGACUCUUUCCCGGUCCCACCCGCGGGCUACCCGGUCCCACCCGCGGGCUACCCGGUCCCACCGGCUGACUACCCGGUCCCCCAAGCAGGUUAUCCAGCCCCACAGCCAGGCUACACAGGCGCCGGCCCCGCAGCCUUCCCUAUCCAAGGCCAGCCCGGGUAUGGCGCGCCCGGGGGGCUGGCAGGUGUACCCUGGAUGGCAGCACCCCAGCCCCCACUCCACUGCCCACCAGGAUUGGAAUACUUGAGCCAGAUCGAUCAGAUUCUGGUGCACCAGCAAAUCGAGCUUCUGGAAGUCAUCACGGGCUUUGAAACCAACAACAAAUACGAAAUCAAGAACAGUCUCGGGCAGAGAGUCUACGUGGCCGCCGAGGACACCGACUUCUGCACCCGCAACUGUUGUGGGGCCGCCCGGCCCUUCACCCUGAGGAUCCUGGAUCACACGGGCCGGGAGGUCAUCACCCUGGAGAGACCCCUGCGAUGCAGCAGCUGCUGCUGCCCCUGCUGCCUGCAGGAGAUCGAGAUCCAAGCCCCUCCCGGCGUGCCCAUCGGCUACGUGGCUCAGGCCUGGCACCCCUGCCUGCCCAAAUUCACCGUUCAGAACGAGAGGAAGGAAGACGUCCUGAAAAUCGUGGGGCCCUGCGUGGUGUGUAGCUGCUGCUCAGACAUCGACUUCGAGAUUAAAUCUCUUGACGAAGAAGUUAUGGUUGGCAAGAUCUCCAAGCACUGGUCGGGGUUCGUGAGAGAGGCGUUUACGGAUGCUGACAAUUUCGGGAUUCAGUUCCCCUUAGACCUUGAUGUGAAGAUGAAGGCUGUGAUGCUGGGUGCCUGCUUCCUCAUCGAUUUCAUGUUUUUUGAACACACGGGAGACAAGCAGCAAAGAGUAGGAGUAUGGUAGCCAAGCAGCGACAUCCUCCCCACCCCAGACCAUCUGAGGAUUUCACAUUGACCCAACUUUCUAACACAAGGACAGGAUGCUUCUCUCUUCUUUUCUUGACAUUCCUCCUGUGUGCACCAGGUAAACCGCGAGGCCCGUGGCUCCAGCUCUGCGGUCCCGCGGACCCGGGCGCGUGGAUUUCCCGUGGCGCCCGCUUGCGUAUGUCUGUACACGUUCGUUGUUGUUUUUACGAUCUACUGUGAAUCUGGGCGAAAGGCCAUAGAAGUUUUUACACUGAGAAAUAAAACUUCCAAAGAGA